GCCAGCUGGGGUCAUGAGGCUGCGAGAAGUCUAGGGGAGCAGGGAGGAGUCACCGAGUCUCUCCUUCCCGUCCCAAGGCCAAGCAUUAAUCCUGCACCCAUUCCAGGCUGAGAGCCCGCUUUGUGCGGCUCUCAGAACAGCCAGAAAAGAGACAGAGAAGCCGAGGUGUGGUCAGAGCCUUCUUGGUAUCUGUCCUGCCCUGUCUCCACUCAGCUGAAGCUCAAAGAAGCCCCCAGAGUCCAGGGGUGUUCCUCCUUUACCAAGCCUGUUUUCUUGAAUUCUGCCCUCUUGGCUGACAUGAUGGAAGAAGCCAGGGUGCUCUUCAACUUCCCAACCUCCCCACAAUAGCCCCCCGGGACCAGGCCACCGUUCUGUGCAACUUACAAGCCGAGGUGAGGGCAGGAUGACCACCUCUUUGUGUGCGGAACAGCUGAGGUCAUAAUGCCUAGGACCCACACGCUGGCCUGGAGCAUCACCACAGCUUUGGGCCCCACUGCCUCUGUCACUGAGAUGAGGCUCAGACUGCUUCCAAAUCCAGGAGGCCCCCUCUUGCUGGUUUCUUGGGAAGACUCACACUGCUGAGGACCAUGGCCUGCCAUGGCCAAAGCACAAGGCACACCUCCAGAGAGCCAAUGGCUCUUCCCAGCGCAGGACAAACACUGACCAGGCAGAGCGGGCUCCUCCUAGACAGGCAGCCGGCUUCUCCUCUGGGCCGGUAUCUUCUCUACUGCGUUCUCCCACCCCCACCCCCAUCUCCUGCCUGGUUCUUCUGUCUUCCUGGAAGUGGGCUGGGGCAAGAAUUAGUAUCUGGACAGGGCUAAAGGCAAGAAAGCCUUUGUCGAAAGGAGUGGAACCCCAAAGGAAAGGCCAUUCUGAGAGGCCAACUAGUCGGCACAGAAAAGGCCAGCUCGGGCACCCAGAGCAGACAGCCCAGCAGCGGAGAGCUGAUGCGGAAUGCCAGCGCCCGUCAGGAAACAGUCGCUGCUCACAGUGCUUCUGAUGCAUUUCCUAGUGGUGACUGCCAAGCGUCCUAACUGGUGUCAGCCCUGGAUGGGACUCAUCACAACUGGAGGAGAACUUUUCUGUCACUGUUCAGCUGGGGAGUCGGGAGGGGUGGCCUCCUUCCCAAGCCUUGUUUCCUGCUGUGUAAAUGAGAGUCCAGCUGUAAGCUUCCUUUUCCACCUAGCUCAAUCCUCCCAGACCUGCUGGCCACAGGGAAGGAGGGCACUUACUCCAGGGUCCAAAGACCCUUGACAAGGCAGAGCAGGGAACUGUGGGAAAAUGACUGGCUCCGUCUCAGCAUUCCAGCUCUUGGGAGAGGGUAUGUCUUUCUUCCUCUUGCUUUGGCUUGAGGGCCUCAUGGACUGCGGCAGCUUCCUUUGCUUAGCUAAGCAGUUGUUAGGUGAGCUGCCUUCUAGCCAAGCACAGCGCAGGAGCUCACUGCCUUGCGCAUUAGGAAAGUAGAUUUAAAAGAAUCAAGGGCUCUUUGUGAAACUGCUUUGUUAAGUAAAUUAUGUGCCCCCUCACACUUGCGUGUGCAUAUGAUAUCAUCAUUUGGACAGAAAUCUAACAGCAGACCACAGCUCCGGGCUGUGCCUUCUCAAGUGUUUACCAUACAUCACAGUUGGUAUUGAUGGGUUCCGAAUGGCUGGGGAAGUCCAUUUGGUGAACCUGAAUAAAUGAGUCACAUUCUUCUUUAAGAAGAUUAGAAAAGAAGAUCGUUUUGCAGCUGUGUGGAGACUGGGUUGAAGCAGUUCUGCUGGGACUGCCGCUGUGUGGCCUUGUUCCAUGCAAGCUGAGGCCGCUCUCCCCAGAACACCAGGUGUGCGCUCCCGGACCCUCGGCAGUGCAGUCCAUGUACACCAGAGCACCGAGCAGAUGCCCACUGAUGUUCCAUAAGAAUCUGGGAAAAGGGAUAUUUACAACCGAGAGGAAGAGGCAGCCAUAUGUCUCCUUUCUCCAAGUUGAUAUCAUUUGGAUUUAUUUUCUUUACAAAGAUCCUUUUUUUAAAAAAAACUUCCACUUUCAUGAAAAUAAUGUUGAGGGAAGCUGGAGGGGGUGGUGUUAAAAAAUGGACUUUAGCCUCUGACUUUGGCUUCUUGUGAUUGCGGAAGUGCAAAUUCCAGGCUCUAACCCACAGUGAAACCCAGGCUCAGUCACCUGUGUGGAGGCCCAGAGAUCAGGAAGAAAAUGUCUUGGUGCUUAGGGGCCUAUUUGACCACUGGGGGCCCAAUGUUCUAAAGCCCUUUGAUUUGGGUGGAAUGUUUCAUUGGAGCUGUUUGAUGGAGUUGAUUGGAGUCGACAUCUCCAAUCAGUGUCACUGGACAUAGUUCUGUAUAGGUGAGCCAGCAGUUCAUAUCCCAAUACACUAGAGUCUGGGUGGCCGUCCUCAAACAGGGAAGCGGCCUGCUUCAUAGCCCCAGGGAAGCUCUUACAUAAACCUUCUAGAGAAUUCAUACGAUUGUUUCAUGAACUGUCUUAUUUGAUUGAUUUACAGACACCCUGGAAGGCUUAUUCUAUGCAGCACACAGAUAAUGUUAGUCAUUGACACAGUGAUCACCAUGCAAUUUCCAAUCAUUUCUGUAAAUUGUGUCUGAGACUUUGGCUAGAAUCUUAAUCCUAUUGUGUUGUUUCAGUGGGAAGACUAUACAGUUUAUAUCAUAUGAACCUCUAUUUCAGGAACAAAACAUAAUCUGAACAGCUCCUUGUAAAUCUCCAGCUAUUUCAAUAUAGCUGAGGGUGAGUGAAGAGUUUCAUUAAGGUGGAGUGUGAGGAUUGCUGGCUUCUCUCUCCUGUGUGUUCCUCACGAUGGGGAGACACUUUCAUGGAGCAGCCUGAGAUGUGAGACCAGGCAAGAGCCAUCAGCCCCCGGAGGCUCUUGGGACUUCCAGAGUUAGUUUUCCAUCUUUGGACAGGACCCAAAUCGGGGAAGGCAGUUAUGUCCCUCCUGCCUCUUUUAGCUUCCCUGCUGACGGCUCUCUCCAGCUGCUCUUCCAGUCCCUCACAGCCUCCUCUCCAUCUCUGACACCUUCAGAUUCCCAUUUGUCACUGAAACAAAGCCAAGGGACACCAUAUACUCUUUGAACUAGCUGUUUUGGGGGACUACACUUCAUGUGGUGUCCUUCCUCACAGAUGGAAGGCUCCAUGGGUCCAUCCUAGGAGGACUUGCCCACUCCCACUCACACUCCUGUGGCUGGAACAUCACCCCAAGGCCACACCCGACUGCAAAGGACGCUGGCCAGUGUGGCUAAGCUCCUGAAAUAGAUCUAAGGAGCAGGCAACCAGUCCCUGCCCCACUUUCCUUUCUUAUUUCACUCCACCAAGUAUCCUUAUAGGUAAACUGGAUUUAGAGUUCUUGUGGCUUUAGAAUAAAAGGGAGGUAAUUUACAAGACCCAGGGGGAAAUCUACACUGGAUAUUGACCUGGGAUGAAAUCUCCAAUCCAGUGUGAACUAGCAAGGUUAGACCAAUUUCUUUGUUACCUGGCUGGCCAAUGGGUAGGGACAUUGAGACAGAGAUGAUAAUAAUGAUCUGUGUGUCCAGGGUUUUCCAGUACAAAAGCUCCAGUCUAUCCCAGACCCACGGCUGAAGAAGACCCUGGAAGCCACCCUCCCACAGCAGGCUCAUUCCCUCCUUCGCCACUAGAAUGUGGGGUACGGGGUGAAGCUUCUCCUCCUGUUCUAAGUCCUCUGACGAGCACUGGCGCCCACUCCAGUUGCCCCAAACACCACCUGACCUGUCUGGGGUUUGCGUUUAGCCAUUGUCCUUUUCGAUGAGAACCUGUAUCCUGCUUCCCAGGAACCUUUGUUUCUAGCCCCAUGAAGCUCCCUGAACUUGACUCCUUCCUGAAGAUGUCUACUCUGGGGCCCAAUCCACCAGACCUGGACAAGAAUUCAGACUGGACCAAGCAUUUGCAGAACUUAGAGAUAGUGGUGAGGUUCUCCACAUCUGAUUUACCUCCUUCUCUCGGGCAUUCUGCCCCUGAGGUCAUUAGCAACUCUGAGAUGAAUUCACGUGAAGACUCUUCCGGAAGUGUGAAUCUUCUUCCCUUGUAGAGGUUCUAGGGCCUGGACUGGGGACAGAGCAUUUCUUUCCUGAAACUUGGAGAUCUGAGGUGAAUGCUCGAAUGAGUCUCCAGAUGGAGGAGCCAAUGGCAGAUUUUGAGAGCCAUUGUGGAGCAAGCCCAGGUAAAAGAGAGAAGUGAGAGGCCAAAAAAACAGCCAGGGCUCAGCCAGUCUUGGCGGAAGCUCUCAAGGUGCCUGAGUUGUGAGCAGGAGCAUCUGAGUGCUCUUAAAGACUAAGAAGUAGGUGUUUUUUUUUUCCUUUUAAAUUUUGUUUUUGUGGUACUGGGGUUCAGACCCAGGGCCCCAACAUGCCAGACAGCUCAACAACUCUACCACUAAGCCACAUCCUUGGCCUGGAUUUUUUUUCCUUUAUUGUUAGAGAGCAUUGGUAGGCUGUCUGUUUUCCUAGAACUUGAAUUCAAUGGAUUCCACAUUUUUAAAAAAUUUAAUAUCAAGGUAUGUGACUGCUCUGAUCCAGCUUAGACUUAACAAAGCUAAAAAACCAUGCAGGCAGGUCCACUUUGGUAUGGAGGAUGUGAACUGGGCUUUGGUUUAUCUCCCAGGCCUACGAUGAGUCAUGAGCAGAGCGCAGGUGCUAGCUCUCAGUGGAAGCUAAAUCUGAACCCAGAGUCUUCAAGGUGGUUCUGAAUAUUGUUCCUGGGCCUCCAACCCUCUUUCUCCAACCCUCCUAACAAUUAAAGCAGCUUAAUGUGGAUUCUCUUUGCCACCAAGACCCUGAUGGAGUUGGCCACACUCCUGCUCAUCUCUGGGAGAUCCCACGUGUGCAUCAGACUGGGGAGUUGUGGGGCGAGGUGCUUUCUGCCGCAUCCGGCCUCAGGAACCGAGUCCGGCGAGGGACGUCGAGGUUAAAAAAAAAAAAAAAAUCACAGGACACCAAGGUUCUUCAUCCAGGAGGAGGCAUGUGUGCCGUUUAUUAUCCAAGUUUUUUCCCUUAUAUAUAUUUCUAUAACUGCAGUGGAAAUUUAGCCAAAACAGGGGAGGAAUAACACCUGCUACUCUUGGGUUACCGUGACCGUCCCUUAUCAGGAAGCUCCGAGAAGGCCAAGAUGUUCCCAAAAAGGCACAUAUGUCUGAGGCAGACAAACAUGAAACCGCAAGCCUGCGUCACAACCCUGUGAGCUGGCCACUUUGACAUGCAGAACAAGGAAUUGGGAGUUGAGUCCCCAGGGGCCAGGGCAGGCCUGCUACCAGCAGCUUUUGUCAGUGAAGAAGGGUGUCCCCACCCCAGUGCCAAAUCACUUGUCUUGCUCAAGUUUGUUCAUCUCUCUGAGCGUCCUCCCCUGUACCGUGGGGAUCAUGGUGGUCUCUCUGAUGUGGCUGUCAUGAGGAUGGCAGGGACAGUCUGCUCCAACCUGGCCCUCACAUGCUAGCUCCUUCUCCCUUCCCAGUCCCCUUGUCCCUCUCCUCCACCCUGCCCCUAGCUCCUCUGGCUCUUGAGAAUCCCAGGGGUCUACUCAUCUGGCUUCUGACACCCUGCUCCUUCCCUCCACCAGCAGCCAGCACCUAGGACAGGCUCUGCUUAUUAAUGACCUGAUCCGGGUUCCCUUCUGCCUAGUUGAGGGAGGACCAGGAUAUCCGUGCUUUACUCUGAUGCCUCCCCAGCCCUCACCCUGGGCCUGGAAGCAGCAGGCAUGGAGUGAGUAUUUGCUCAGUCAAAUCUGUCAGUUUGGAUAGCAGAGAGAAGAACGGAGAGCAAGGAAGAAAUGACCAGGAGGCCAGGCAGAGCCUCUGCCAGAAGCCAGAAGGCUUUCCACCUGUGAGCUGCACCCCAGGGGCCUGUCCUGUCCCACAGCCAUGGCGCCACGGGGCCUGCUGCUCUCCCUCUGCACAGCAGGGAUUCUCCAGCCCUUCUUGGUGACAGGCGGCAUCUUGGACUUUGGUGGGUGUGAGGAGCUUCAUUCUUCCUGGCAGAUGCCUGAUCAGUCCCUUCCCUGUCCUCCCUGUGGCACAUUCUUGCCCCUCUGUAUGCCCAGGUCCCAGUCUUAGUUUCCUCUCCCGGGACAUCUGGCUCGAGGCCCCCUGGGAUCCUAGCAGUGAGCCCUCAUUCCUGUCUGCCCCCUGCACAGGCAGGACCUGGCAGAGGAGUCCUGGGCCAGCUGGCAUUUGCUGGGAGCCCCAUAAGGGGAGAGAGUCAAGGCAGGAAGAAAGUGAGCAUGGAGCUCUCGGGGCUCGGGCUGAGUUCCUGGGAGAAGUUCCCCGUCUUCUGCCUUCCCUUCUAUCACACUGAGCACUCCCCAUGUGCCAGGCGGGCACCAGGGCUGCAAUGACAACUCAGGUGUGCUUUGUGCACCCAGCUUGCUCAGACCUGGUGGUGCAGACAGACAGGAAGAGAAGGCCCUUGCCCUGGGAGCAGUUUAGAAAUCCUGAUGCUGGUCACAGUAACUCAGAUCCUUGCUCUAAGGUGGAGCUGGGAAUCCACUUCUUUAGGAGCCACUGGGGGACUACUGUGGAGCCAGCUGGGAGCCCUGGCCUAGGGGCAGUACUGGACCUGGGUGCUCCACUCGAGGUUCUAGAGUCCUGUUUUCACCCACUGGGUGGCCUUGUCCAGGCCAUUUAACUGUGUGACUUGGUUUCCUCAUUUGUAAAGCAGGCCUCGGGCUAUCCCAAGGAGUUGUUGGAAGAAUCUGCCUCCAGGCUGGUGAACAACGGCAAGUCCUUUUCCCGGGAGGACCAACCCCUGAGCUGGAGAGAGGCCAUGGAUUAUUGCCGGGACUUCCACACGGACCUCCUCAGCCUGCAGAGCAUGAGCAGCGUGAGCAGCUUGAUGACCAUCAGCUCGCUCAUCCAGCCCACCCAGGCGUGGAUCGGCCUCUUCUUUGACAUGAGUAUUUCUGGCCCCCGCUGGUCCAGCGGCUCUCCCUUCAUUGACCUGAAGUGGAUCCAACUGCCUGCCCUCGGGGAGGGCAUGUGUGUCACGCUGUAUUCUGUUCUGUCCUUUGCUCCCAUGCUGGGGGUCGACGUCUGCACGGCACAGAAGCCCUUCAUUUGCUAUAAAGACCCUGAUGUAAGGUACCGCAUCUCCGUGGAGCCCUAUCUCAGCCUGACCACUCUUCCAAAGCAAGCUGAGGUCCAGAUUGGUGGAUAUACCUUCAUGAGAUUUGAACAAGUAAUGACGUGGACCUCGGCUCUGAAGUACUGUCGCAGCCACUACACAGACCUGGCCGACCUGCAGACGGUGACCGAUGAGGCAGGCCAGCAGGCCCUGAAGUCCGUCACAAAAGAGACUGAGGCUUGGAUUGGCCUCUACUUCAAUGCAAAUACCAGGUCUCUGAACUGGUCCAGUGACUUGGGUGCCAGCAUCCCAAGCUGGCUUCUGGUGCCUAAGUUUGACCGAGGACUGUGCGCAGGACUCCGGGCCUACUCAAAAUAUGACCCUCAGGUUUACACAGUGGUCUGCUCUUCCCUGCAACCCUUCAUCUGCUUCUACGACUCUGUCACUGGACACAGGGAGUUGGCAGAGAUGCCUCCGCUCCUGUCUGCUUCCUCCUCCGAUGUUACUGUGGGGACCAUAGGUGCUUGAGCCUGGUUUUGACUGGAUCUGGAGUCUUCCAGGCUUAGGGAAGUAGAGAAGGUGGCUUGCAUGCAGUAGCCCAGGUUGGGGGCCCCUGGGACUCACCCACAAGAGCCAGUGAGGGACCAGAAAUGAGAUGAGCCAACUGGUGGCAACCGAGGGCCACUUAUGCAGGGGAGACUCUGCUCCAGACACUGCAGGGUCAUCCAAGGGUAGGGGGAGGAGGACUUGAUCACCAUCAACCUCCCGUCUCCUUGAAAUAGGCCUCUGAACUUGUAGCUCCAGGGCCAGGGGACCCCUGAGAGGCUGUGCAGUCUUCUCAGGUGAGGUGACUUAGACCUGGCCCAGGGAGAGAGAGAGGCUGAAUAAUGCUCCCGGAGAAAAAUCAUCAGAGAGCUCUUGAGGUCCAGCCCCAGAGAGGGAAGCACCAUAGAGGGGCCAGUCAAAGUGCCUUCUGAUUAGGGGAUCCUCUCUGGGGAGAGAAGAGGAGAGAUGGGACUACAUAUGGGGACGUAUCUGUGAAUGACAGUGAUAGCUAUUAAGCUAUUAUCUCAUUUUGCUUCCCUGGAGUUCUGAAGUUAACUAGCAUAACUGAGAGCAAAGUUACAGUUCUUCUAGUCUCCUUAUAAACUCCCACAUCAGACAAAAGUGUCAUUUCCUUUUUUGAGGAUACAGAGAAGUUAGGGGAAUUGAUCAAGGUCAAACAGAGCUUUUAUUAAUCCACUAUUCAAACAUUAAAAAAUGGUGAUGGAGCCUGCCCCAGCCCAGCAACUUGGGACACAGAGGGUGGCAAAUUCAAGGUCAGCCUUAGUAAUUUGGCAAGGUGCUAAGGAACUUAGUGAGUCCCUGUCUCAAAACAAACAAACAAAAAUAAAUAAAUAAAAAAUAUAAAAGGGCUGGGGAUGUGGCUCAGUGGUAAAACACCCUGGGUCCAGUCACCAGCACCAAAAACAAAAACAAAACCCAACAACCAAAAACCAAACCGAAACUCCAAAACCAACAACAGCAAAACUUGGUGUAGUGGUCACGGGUAUGGUGGGACUCAAGGAGAGCGCCUCAGCUCCUGUUAAUUAUCCGGUAUCUGGAGGGAUGACUUUACCACUGGCUGAGGAGGAAUUGGCUUGCAGCACCCCGGGGCGUUGGGUGGGCAGCUAAGAGGAGCUGCGAGUGUGCGCAUGUGCGGGCGGUGGCGCUGAGGGGUGCAAGCCUCCUUUCUCUCCAGAAACUGCUUCAAAGCCUGUCUCCCUGCUCUAAGGUCUAGCCUGGCACCCCCUGGUAGUCCCAGGCCCUCUGCCUGUUUGGGCCGGCCCUGGUGGGGUC